GCAGUCGCUGGAGCUGAGGACAGCCGCCCUCUCCGGGUCUUUGCUGCGUAGAGACCACACGGCCCUUCCACCUUGCAGCUGUUUUUCCUUCUACACUGGGCUUUGUGUGUGGAGUCAGUCUUUUUCACCAAAACUGAAAUGCCAUUUUAAAAAGCAGGCUCCAUCCUCUCUUUUGAAGAUGGGAAAUUCUUACGCUGGACAGCUGAAGACGACCCGGUUUGAAGAGGUCUUGCACAACUCCAUCGAGGCCUCCCUGCGCUCCAACAACCUGGUGCCCAGGCCCAUCUUCUCCCAGCUGUACCUGGAAGCUGAGCAGCACCUUUCCUCUCUGGAAGGUGGUGGCCGAGCAGACAAUGAGGAAGAGGAAGAGGAAGGAGAAGGAGGGCUGGAGCCAAACAGUCUCCCGAAUCCUUACCAGCUGCACCCUCCCCCUGAGGGCUGCUGCACCACCGACGGGUUCUGCCAGGCUGGGAAGGACCUGCGUCUCAUCUCCAUCUCCAAUGAGCCCAUCGAUGUCCCUGCUGGCUUUCUCCUCGUGGGGGCCAAGGCCCCGAGCCUGCCAGACCAUCUCCUGGUAUGUGCCGUUGACAAGAGGUUCUUGCCAGAUGACAAUGGCCACAAUGCUCUUCUUGGUUUCUCUGGGAACUGUGUCGGCUGCGGGAAGAAAGGCUUCUGCUACUUCACAGAAUUCUCCAAUCAUAUCAACCUGAAGCUGACCACCCAGCCCAAGAAGCAGAAACACUUGAAGUAUUACCUGGUCCGUAAUGCACAGGGGACUCUAACCAAAGGACCCUUGAUUUGUUGGAAAGGCUCAGAGUUCAGGAGCCGGCAGACCCCCACUGGCGCAUGUUCCAGUGUCCUCUUCCCACCGCUGGAGAGCUCGGGGCCGCCAGCCUCCUUCCCCAGCGAGUCCGUGCCCGGGACGAACCCCGGUGUCCUGAUGGGAACUCACCAGGCAGGACCAGCCUCUGAUCAUCCCUCACUAAGUACAGCAAUGGGCCCCGCAGUUUUCAACGGCAAAGAUUCCCCGAAGCACCAACAACUGGCAAAGAGCACCCUGUCGGCCCUGCCGCGGCCCUCCGCCUUAGGUAUUCUGUCAAACUCUGGGCCUCCCAAAAAACGCCACAAAGGGUGGUCUCCAGAAUCUCCAUCAGCUGCAGAUGGUGGCUAUCCCCAGAGCACUGGGAACAGAGUCAAGUAUGAAGGUACGGGCAUGUCCUGUGUGCCCCAGGUGGGCUUGGUGGGACCAGCUUCAGUCACUUUACCUGUUGUGGCUUCUGGAGAACCAGUGUCUGUUCCUGAUAACUUGCUAAAAAUAUGCAAGGCCAAGCCAGUGAUAUUUAAAGGCCACGGGAACUUCCCUUACCUCUGUGGGAACCUGAAUGACGUUGUGGUCAGCCCCCUCCUGUACACGUGCUACCAGAAUUCCCAGUCCAUCUCCAGGGCAUAUGAGCAGUACAGCGCCUCGGCCAUACAGCCUAUCUCAGAGGAGAUGCAGCUUCUACUGACCGUCUACUAUCUCGUCCAGCUGGCAGCGGACCAGGUGCCCCUGAUGGAGGACCUGGAGCAGAUCUUCCUGCGCUCCUGGCGUGAGUCGCACCUGACCGAGAUCCGGCAGUACCAGCAGGCGCCGCAGCCCUUCCCGCCCGCGCCCGGCCCCGCGACACCUGUGACCUCAGCGCAGCUGCCCUGGCUGGCCAGCCUGGCCGCCAGCUCCUGCAACGACAGCGUGCAUGUCAUCGAGUGCGCCUACUCCCUGGCCGAGGGCCUCUCCGAGAUGUUCCGGCUGCUCAUCGAGGGCAAGCUGGCCAAGACCAACUACGUGGUCAUCAUCUGCGCCUGCCGCAACGCCGCCAUCGACUCGUGCAUCGCGGUCACGGGAAAGUACCAAGCCCGGAUUCUUUCUGAGAGCCUCCUCACCCCAGCAGAGUACCAGAAAGAAGUCAGUUACGAGCUGCUUACCGGGAAAGUGGACUCGUUGGGGGCCUUUUUUAGCAGUCUCUGUCCAGAGGGUGACAUUGACAUUUUGCUGGACAAAUUUCAUCAGGAAAAUCAAGGCCAUAUUUCUUCCUCCCUCCCUGCCUCCUCUGUCACUAAAGCAGGAUCCCUGGAUGUCAGUGGAGCCCCUGUGUGCACAAGCUACCAUCUGGAGCCACAUGGCAUUCGGCCGUUCCAGUUGGCAGUGGCACAGAAGCUCCUUUCCCAUGUAUGUUCCAUUGCGGAUUCCAGCACUCAAAAUCUGGAUCUGGGAUCCUUCGAGAAGGUGGACUUUCUAAUUUGCAUUCCACCAUCAGAAGUGACCUACCAGCAGACUCUAUUCCAUGUCUGGAAUUCAGGGGUUUUAUUGGAACUUGGCCUGGAAAAGGAGCACGUGACCAAGCAGAGGGUAGAACAGUACGUUCUGAAGCUGGACGCAGAGGCACAGACAAAAUUUAAGUCCUUUCUGCAAAACUCCUUCCAGAAUCCACAUACGCUUUUCAUCCUAAUCCAUGACCACGCCCACUGGGAUCUCGUGAGUAGCGCUGUUCAUAAUCUCUAUUCUCAAAGUGACCCAUCUGUGGGCUGGGUGGACAGAUUGCUCAACUGCAGGGAGGUGAAGGAGGCCCCCAACAUCGUGACUCUGCACGUGACGUCCUUCCCAUAUGCACUGCAGACCCAGCACACCCUCAUCAGCCCCUACAAUGAGAUCCACUGGCCUGCGUCCUACAGCAGUGGAAUGGACUUAUAUCAUGAAAAUAAGAAGUACUUUGGGCUGUCAGAGUUUAUUGAAUCUACGCUUUCAGGACACAGCCUUCCCUUGCUCAGAUACGACAGCUCCUUUGAGGCCAUGGUCACUGCAUUAGGAAAAAGGUUCCCCCGCCUGCACAGCGCGGUGAUCAGGACCUUUGUUCUCGUGCAGCACUACGCGGCCGCGCUGAUGGCCGUGAGCGGCCUCCCGCAGAUGAAGAACUACACGUCGGUGGAGACGCUGGAGAUCACGCAGAACCUGCUCAGCUCCCCGAAGCAGUGCCCGUGCGGCCACGGGCUCAUGGUGCUGCUGCGCGUGCCCUGCUCGCCGCUGGCGGCCGUGGCCUACGAGCGGCUGGCGCACGUGCGCGCGCGGCUGGCGCUGGAGGAACACUUCGAGAUUAUCUUGGGCACCCCCAGUUCCAGCAUCACUGUGGGGAAGCACUUCGUGAAGCAGCUCAAGAUGUGGCAGAAAAUUGAGGAUGCAGAGUGGAGGCCUCAGACAUAUUUGGAGUUGGAGGGACUGCCUUGCAUCCUGAUCUUCAGUGGGAUGGACCCGCAUGGGGAGUCCUUGCCUAAGUCUUUGCGGUACUGUGACCUGCGUCUGAUAAACUCUUCCUGCUUGGUGAGAACAGCCCUGGAGCAGGAGCUGGGCCUGGCUGCCUACUUUGUGAGCAACGAGGUCCCCUUGGAGAAGGGGGCUAGGACCGAAGCCUUGGAGAGUGACGCAGAGAAGCUGAGCAGCACCGACAAUGAGGAUGAGGAGCCGGGGACAGAAGGCUCCACCUCAGAGAAGAGAAGUCCCGUGAAAAGGGAGAGGUCCUCCUCCCAUGAUUCUGCGUCCUCAUCCCUCUCCUCCAAGGCAUCUGGCUCAGCGCUCCAUGGUGAGGCCUCAGCCCAGCCCACAGGGCCCCCCCUGGUGGAGCAGGCCAAGUCGCCCCAGCCCUGUGGCCCAUCAGAGGAGGCCAGGGCCCCUGGUGAGAAGCAGAGGCCCCAAGCGGGCCAGGGGACACCAUCAGUCAUCAGCAGGCACAGUCCCAGGCUAGUCCCCCAGCCUGACUUCGGGCCCAGGCCCGGCCAGAGGAGUGUCCAGGUGUCAGCCACCUUGUCGUCCUCCCAGCUGUCCUCCUCCUCAGGAUCAUCCUCUUUGUCUGUGGCACCUGCCGCGGGGACACUCGUACUGCAGACCUCCCAGUGCUCCAUGACCAAGGCCUGCCGGCAGCCACCCAUCGUCUUCCUGCCCAAGCUCGUGUAUGACAUGGUCAUGUCCACCGACGGCAGCGGCCUGCCCAAGGCUGCCUCACUUCUGCCCUCCCACUCAGUCAUGUGGGCCAGCUCUUUCCGGCCCCUGCUCAGCAAGACGAUGACAUCCACGGAGCAGUCGCUCUACUACCGGCAGUGGACAGUGCCCCGGCCCAGCCACAUGGACUACGGCAACCGGGCCGAAGGCCGCGUGGACGGCUUCCACCCCCGCAGGCUGUUGCUCAGUGGGCCCCCACAGAUCGGGAAGACGGGCGCCUACCUGCAGUUCCUCAGCAUCCUGUCCCGCAUGCUCAUCCGGCUGACAGAGGUGGACGUUUACGAUGAAGAGGAGAUCAAUAUCAACCUCAGAGAAGAACCAGACUGGCAUUAUUUGCAGCUCAGUGACUCCUGGCCAGACCUGGAGCUGUUCAAGAAGAUGCCCUUUGACUAUAUCAUUCACGACCCCAAGUAUGAAGACGCCAGCCUGAUUUGUUCUCACCAUCAGAGCAUAAAGCGUGAAGAUGCGGCUGUGAGCCGCAUGGUGUCACGGCAGGAUGGGCCUGGGAUCUUCCGGGAAGCCAGCCGGACUCUGAUGGCGAGCUCUGUCCUUCCCCUCACACCGCAGCUCUAUGAGUCCACCCUGCACGCCUUUGCCUUCUCUUACUCCAUGCUAGGAGAGGAGGUCCAGCUGCACUUCAUCAUCCCCAAGUCCAAGGAGCACCACUUUGUCUUCAGCCAGCCCGGAGGCCAGCUGGAGAGCAUGCGGCUGCCCCUCGUCACAGACAAGAGUCAUGAAUAUAUCAAAAGUCCGACGUUCACCCCAACAACCGGCCGUCAUGAACAUGGACUCUUCAAUCUGUACCACGCGAUGGACGGUGCCAGCCAUUUGCACGUGCUGGUUGUCAAGGAGUACGAAAUGGCGAUUUACAAGAAAUACUGGCCCAACCACAUCAUGCUGGUGCUGCCGAGCAUCUUCAACAGCGCCGGAGUGGGUGCUGCCCACUUCCUCAUCAAGGAGCUGUCCUACCAUAACCUGGAGCUCGAGCGCAACCGGCAGGAGGAGCUGGGGAUCAGGCCGCAGGACAUCUGGCCCUUCAUCGUGAUCUCCGAUGACUCCUGUGUGAUGUGGAACGUGGUGGAUGUAGGCUGUGCUGGGGAGAGAAGCAGGGAAUUUUCCUGGUCAGAGCGGAACGUCUCUUUGAAGUACAUCAUGCAGCACAUCGAGGCAUCCCCCAACAUCACCCACUAUGCCCUGAUUGGCCUGCGCAAGUGGUCCAGCAAGACCAGGGGCAGCGAGGUGCGUGAGCCCUUCUCCCGCUGUCUCCUCGAUCCUAUGUCCGAGAACGCCGCCGCAGUUGUGCCAGCCCAGUACAUCUGUGCCCCCGACAGCAAGCACACGUUCCUCACGGCUCCUGCCCAGCUCCUGCUCGAGAAGUUCCUCCAGCACCACAGCCACUGCCUGUUCCCACUCUCCCUGAAGAACCACGGCCACCCCGUGCUGUCCGUUGACUGUUACCUUAAUCUGGGAUCUCAGAUUUCUGUCUGCUACGUGAGCUCCAGGCCCCACUCUCUAAACAUCAGCUGCUCAGACCUGAUGUUCAGUGGCCUCCUGCUGUACCUCUGUGACUCCUUUGUGGGAGCUGGCUUUCUGAAAAAGUUUCAUUUUCUGAAAGGCGCCACCCUGUGUGUGAUCUGCCAGGACCGGAGCUCACUGCGCCAGACCGUUGUCCGCCUGGAGCUUGAGGACGAGUGGCAGUUCCGACUGCGUGACGAGUUUCAGACGGCCAAUGCCAGAGAAGACCGUCCACUCUUUUUUCUGACCGGACGACAUAUCUGA